UCCGGAAUACACAUAUGCUAGGUUCGUUGCCAUGGACAUCCUCCUCCUAGGAAGCACCUGUGUUGUGUUGUUAUUUUACUGCACACAUAGAGAAAGAUGCAUUUAGAAAAAGUGAAAAAGAAUUGAGAAUUUUUCCUGUUUAAGAAAACAAUAACAGGGGCCGACAUUUUAAAUACAGAUGUUUUGAGGCUCAUUCCGUGUACUGCAGCUGGCUAGUGAGUUAGCUAGGAUGCUUUAAGGGCCUUGGACGGACUGGUACUUGAUGGGUGGAGGCACGCGCACUCUCUGCCCCCUGCAAUGAGGAGAAGGUCUUGUCCAUCCCUACAGAAGGCGUGAUGGCUGGUAAGGUGAAGUGGGUGACUGACAUAGAGAAAUCUGUGCUCGUCAACAACUUUGAGAAGAGAGGAUGGGUCCAAGUCACCGACAACGAAGACUGGAACUUUUACUGGAUGAGCAUCCAGACUAUUCGCAACGUGUUCAGUGUAGACACGGGUUACCGCCUGUCUGAUGAUCAGAUGGUUAACCACUUCCCAAACCACUAUGAGCUGACAAGAAAGGAUCUAAUGAUUAAGAACAUUAAGCGCUACAGGAAGGAGUUGGAGAAGGAGAGCAGCCCUCUUGCAGAGAAAGAUGAAAAUGGGAAAUAUCUUUAUCUGGAUUUCGUGCCAGUGACGUUCAUGCUCCCAGCGGACUACAAUCUUUUUGUGGAAGAAUUCCGUAAGAGUCCAUCCAGCACAUGGAUUAUGAAGCCUUGUGGGAAAGCUCAGGGGAAAGGCAUCUUCCUUAUCAACAAACUCUCACAGAUCAAGAAGUGGUCAAGGGAUAGCCGCACCUCCACGUUCAUGGCAGCUAACAGUGGCAAGGAGGCGUAUGUGAUCUCACUGUAUAUCGAUAAUCCCUUAUUGAUUGGUGGGAAAAAGUUUGAUUUGCGUCUGUAUGUUUUGGUCACAACCUACCGGCCUCUGAAGUGCUACAUGUAUAAGCUUGGUUUUUGUCGGUUUUGCACUGUUAAGUACACCCCCAGUACUAGUGAACUGGACAACAUGUUUGUGCAUCUGACAAACGUGGCAAUCCAGAAACAUGGGGAUGACUAUAACCCUGUCCACGGAGGUAAAUGGACAGUCAAUAACUUGCGCCUGUAUCUAGAAAGCACCAGAGGAAAGGAAGUCACUAACCAUCUCUUUGACCAGAUCCACUGGAUUGUGGUACAGUCCCUCAAAGCUGUGGCUCCUGUUAUGAUCAACGACAAACACUGCUUUGAGUGCUACGGCUAUGACAUCAUUAUUGAUGACAAGCUGAAGCCAUGGCUUAUUGAGGUAAAUGCCUCUCCUUCACUCACGUCCAGCACUGCAAAUGACCGCAUUCUAAAAUACAAUCUCAUCAAUGACACACUCAACAUUGUUGCCCCGAAUGGUGAGAUCCCAGACUGCCGAUGGAACCGCAGCCCGCCUAAAGAGGUUCUUGGCAAUUACCAAGUCCUUUAUGACGAGGAACAGGCCAUGAGUGAGAAUACAGAACGUGACCUCCGGAGUCGCUCGGGUCAGUCCCUCGGGUCAAAGAGCACAAAAUCUGCCAGUGUGCGUCCAGUCACAGCCACCUGGAAGUGAGAUCACAAUCAUGACUACACAGGUGACUUUUAGGUCAUCCCUAUGAAGCAGAAAUGGACUGUGGGAACAUGGAAGCUUUAAAUAAGAAAUAUGAGAGAAUUUACCUGCACAUUCCUGCAUGAUGUUAAGACUUUAAGUAAAGGCCAAGAGAGACAGAACAGUCCCUUUUGUUGCAUGAGAAAUUUUAGGAUUUUUUGACAAUUUCCACAAACAAAAAGAAAGUGAGGAGGAAAAAUCAACUGAACAAGGAUUAAGUGAUAAAACGCAGGAAGAAUCAGAAAAAAUUGCCUUUACUUGAAGGCACUCACACUUUCACAUAAAACUAGUUAAACUGUCAUGGAACCAGUUGUUUUUGGUAUUUUGUAUGAAAUGUCACUUAGUCACUUUUUUUAUGUCACUUAUUUAAUGGUUAUGCAAUGUAAUUCAGAAAUAUAUACUGAUAUUUAAGAAAACACUUCACUAUGAUGUCUUCUUAGUACGAAGACCGUAGAGAAAGUUUGCAAAACAUGACGUAAAAUCUGACCACAUUUGUUACAUCUGGCCAGUAAUGCAACAUCCUUUAAAAAUAAAGUACUUAAACGGAAAAGGGUUUUGAGAUGGUGCUGGAGGAUAUUGAAUAAACUGUACUAAAUCACUCUA